AUGGAGUCAACAUCUAAGGGAGAAAUAUCUCAAGAUUGGAAAAAACACAGAAAAUGCCUAGAAGAAAGAAAUACAAGUUCUAUCACUCGCAAACAACAUUCGCUUUUGCGUCCUCAUUUCAAUAGUAGCUUAAUUAUAGGCCCUGAUGGGAUGAUACAUGAGUACGCUUCAGUCCGAAGUUAUGUUGAUGGUCGCUUCUUUGGAGCAAGUGCAACGCUUACUGUAUGGAAACCUAAAGUCGGCCAUAAUGAAUUUAGUCUAACUCAAAUAUGGAUUAUGUCGGGAUUUGGUUCAAACCGAAAUACUAUUGAAGUCGGAUGGAUAGCAGAUAAUUACAAUACUACAGGUUGUUAUGAUUCCGAUUGCCCUGGAUUUGUACAAGUUGAUUUUAGCGUUAAACUAGGUCAAGCCAUUUCUCCUAUUUCCAUUGUUGGAGGGGAAAUAAUUGGAAUAAGAAUUAUGGUCUACAAGGAUGGUGUGAAUGGACACUGGUGGCUAGACUAUAAUGGUGUUGACAUAGGAUAUUUUCCAAAGAAUCUCUUCACUUCAUUGAGUGAAUAUGCUCAAAGAGUGGAUUUUGGUGGAGAGAUUGUUAAUGCAAGAAAUAAUGGUCACCACACAACUACUCACAUGGGAAAUGGACUUUAUCCCCAUGAAACUGGAGCAAGUUUUAUAACUGGAAUUAAACUAUAUGGCCGAGAUAGAAAACCAGUAAAAGGAAAUAUACUGCAACCAAUUGUGAGCGUAGUUCCAUGUUAUCGUGUGAAUCUUAUAAAUGAUACUAUCUUUUAUGGAGGUCCAGGUUAUUCUGAAUUAUGUCGUUAA